AUGAGUUCUCCUCUCCGUCCCAGCGACUCUGCUGGGAAUCGCGGCCUGGGUAACUUGACCCGCCGCAAGAGAUCCAGAGAGCCUGAUGAUGAGUCGUCGUCGGUCGCACCCCCAUCAAGCCCUCCGCCCUCAUCCCCUCCGAUGCUUCCAUUUGACGAUGAGCUCGACCGAGAUGAGGCUGAGGAGUUUGCGGGUGACAUCGAUGAUAUCGAUGAAAUGGCAGAGGACGAGGAUGGCAUUGACCUCUUCGGCGACAACUUCGAGCGAGAUUACCGAGACCUCGACCGCCCUCAGCGAUACGAGGGCGACUACAUUGACGACGAGGAGCAGGAGGAGCUCGACAUUGGUGCCCGUCGACAGCUGGAGGCCCGUCUGAACAAGCGGGACCGGGAGCUUGCCCGCCGCCGCCGGAUGCCUGCGGCCUUUUUGCAAGACGACGACGAGGAUGCCAACAUGGAUCUCACCAGACAGCCCCGUCGACGAAGGCAUCACUACGACGAGGACCGUGAGGACGUCGACAUGGGCGAUGAUAUCAUGGAGGAAGAACUCUCUCUUGAGGAGCUGGGUGAUGUCAAGGCUGGCAAUCUCACGGAGUGGAUCCUGCAGCCGCAGGUUAUGCGGUCCAUCAGUCGCGAGUUCAAAGCGUUUUUGACCGAGUACAUCGACGCCUCUGGUCAAUCGGUCUAUGGGAAUCGAGUCAAAACUCUUGGUGAAGUGAACUCCGCAUCUCUGGAGGUCUCCUAUGAUCACCUCGCCUCGAGUAGGGCCGUUCUUGCGUACUUUGUCGCAAAUGAGCCUACAGAGGUGCUGAAGAUUUUUGACCAGACUGCUCUGGAUAUCACACUGUUCCACUACCCACAAUAUGCUGACAUCCACAAUGAGAUCCACGUGCGGAUCACCGAUCUCCCGAUCGUCUACUCGCUCAGAGAACUGCGUCAGUCCCAUCUGAACUGCCUUGUCCGCGUCAGCGGAGUUGUCACGCGACGGACUGGCGUGUUUCCCCAGCUGAAAUACGUCAUGUUCUUGUGCAACAAAUGCGGCGUCACUCUUGGUCCUUUCCAGCAGGAAGCGGCUGCCGAAGUCAAGAUUUCAUAUUGCCAGAACUGCCAGUCGAGGGGUCCUUUCACCAUGAAUUCGGAGAAGACGGUUUACCGAAAUUAUCAGAAGCUGACCCUGCAAGAGUCGCCGGGCACUGUCCCUCCAGGACGUCUUCCGCGGCAGCGCGAGGUUAUUCUUCUCGCUGACCUCAUCGACAGUGCUAAGCCUGGAGAUGAGAUUGAGGUCACUGGUAUUUAUCGGAACAGCUAUGAUGCACAGCUUAACAACAAGAACGGGUUCCCCGUCUUUUCCACGAUCAUUGAGGCCAACUAUAUUGUCAAGUCCCAUGACCAGAUGGCUGGUUUCCACUUGACAGAGGAGGAUGAGCGCCAAAUCCGGGCCCUUUCGAAGGAUCCCGAUAUUGUCGACAAGAUCAUCCGUUCUAUUGCCCCGAGUAUCUACGGCCACGAGGACGUGAAGACCGCAGUUGCGCUUUCGCUUUUCGGAGGAGUGAGGAAAGAGGCUCAAGGCAAGAUGCCCAUUCGUGGUGACAUCAACGUGCUGCUUCUUGGUGAUCCGGGUACCGCCAAGUCUCAGAUCCUCAAGUAUGUUGAGAAGACCGCCCAUCGAUCGGUGUUCGCGACCGGCCAGGGAGCCAGUGCCGUCGGUCUGACAGCCAGCGUUCGGAAGGAUCCAUUGACGAGUGAAUGGACUUUGGAGGGUGGAGCACUCGUGCUCGCUGACCGUGGAACCUGCUUGAUUGAUGAAUUCGAUAAAAUGAACGACCAGGAUCGUACUUCAAUCCACGAAGCCAUGGAACAGCAGACGAUUUCAAUUUCGAAAGCCGGUAUUGUCACCACGCUUCAAGCCCGUUGCGCAGUUAUCGCCGCGGCCAACCCGAUUGGCGGCCGUUACAAUAGCACGCUUCCCUUCUCGCAGAAUGUCGAACUUACCGAGCCUAUCCUUUCUCGUUUCGACAUCCUGUGCGUUAUCCGCGACACGGUCCAGCCUGACGAAGAUGAGCGGUUGGCCAGUUUCGUGGUCGAGUCGCACCACCGUGCCAAUCCUCCCAAGCCCCUCAGAGACGACCAAGGCAAUCUCAUCGACAAAGACGGAAAUCGUAUCGAUGAGGAGGGAUAUCGAAUUGACAAGGAUGGCAACCGCCUUCCUCUUACUGAGGAGGAAAAACGCCAGCGAGAGGAAGCCGAGCGCAAGGCGGUGGAGGAGAAAGAAGGCGAGAUUCCGCAGGAACUGCUGCGGAAAUACAUUCUCUACGCCAGGGAGAGAUGCCACCCCAAACUCUACCAGAUUGAUCAGGAUAAGAUCGCGCGACUCUUCGCCGACAUGAGACGGGAGUCUUUGGCUACGGGAGCUUACCCGAUCACGGUCCGCCACCUGGAAGCCAUUAUGCGUAUCGCAGAGGCAUUCUGCAAGAUGCGUCUGUCCGACUAUUGCUCGUCGCAGGACAUCGACCGGGCGAUUGCCGUGACGGUGGAAUCAUUCAUUGGCAGCCAGAAAGUCAGCUGUAAGAAGGCGCUGUCACGAGCUUUUGCCAAAUACACACUUUCCCGGCCCAAGCCUCAGUCGAAGCGCAAAGCAGGUAUUCCUGUUUCGAAUCCCUAUACGCAACGGGAACUGCACGCGGUCGAUGUUUAA